AAACAAAAAACAAAAACAAAAUUAUAAAGUAAUAAAAACAAUAAUUAAAACGCCUCACUGAAAAAAAAGUACCGCGCCGCGCCGCAGGACUCUUUAAUUUCCAUUCGGAUGAACUUUCGAUGGCCAUCAAAUAAUUGCUUUGAAUUCAUGAUACGAAAACAACAACAACAAGAAAACAAUGACGACGACGAUGAAGACGAAGUAAUCAAUUGAGAAGAUUCCACUUAAAAUUGAAAAUAAAAAUCCAAUAAGCAAUAACAGCCAUCCAUCCUACCGAUGACAUCCAAUGAGUAUGGGUAAAUCUUUGAUCUGCUAAAUGAUAUUGAAAAUCCUGGCGACAAAUUCAUCAUCCAACUGUACAAAGACUUAAUGGACAAUGGAUUACUAUUAUCAGAAAAAGUAUUGCAACAACCCAUAAUUCAAAAUCUCCUCACGAAUCCAAAUCGAACUUUUGAUUUAAUUAUAUGUGAACUUUUUUUAACUGAUGCUCUUUUUGGUUUUGGACAACAUUAUAAUGCUCCUGUAAUUGUUAUAUCUCCAAUGGGAAAUAAUUUUCUAAGCUCUGUUGUAAGUGGAACACCAAUGCCACCGUCAUUUGUGCCAAAUAUUUUACUUCCAAAUACUGAUCGAAUGAAUUUUAUAGAAAGAGCUUUGAAUUUAGUAGGUUUUACAUUUCAAUACUUAUUCUAUUAUUUCUACUGGCUACCAUACCAAUCGAGUGUUUAUAAGAAAUACUUUACAAGUUCUACUAUUAAUCUUGAGGAAGCUAUGAAGAAUAUUUCUUUAGUUCUUCAUAAUCAACAUUUUUCUUAUGGCAGUCCACAACCACUUCUUCAAAACAUCAUCGAAGUUGGAGGACUUCACAUUCAGCGACAACCGAAGCCUCUUCCAUUGGAUAUUCAGAAAUUUUUAGAUGAUGCUCAUGAUGGUGCCAUAUACUUUUCAUUAGGAUCAACUUUUAAAAGUUCAGGAUUGUCGAUGGAUAAGCUUGAAGCUAUUUUGCAAAUCUUCAGUACUAUGAAACAGAGAAUUCUUUGGAAAUUUGAGGUUUCAAGUUUAAAAGGGAAAAGUGAUAACAUUCUUUUAAAAAGCUGGUUUCCACAAAAUGACGUCUUGGCUCAUCCUAAUAUCAAAUUGUUUAUAACACAUGGAGGAAUGUUGGGAAUUACUGAAGCCAUUUACCACGCAAAGCCAGUUUUGGCAAUUCCAAUAAAUUACGAUCAGUUUAUUAAUGUUGCCAAAGCUGUGAAAAAAGGUUAUGCUUUGAAGUUACCACUGUCACAGCUUACGGAAGAUAAGUUCAAUAGUACUUUGAUGGAAAUGUUGACGAAUACAAAAUUCUCUUUGACAGCGAAGCAGGUAUCUUCUUGUUAUAGAGAUCAACCUUUAGAACCUCUAGAAAAUGCAAUCUAUUGGAUAGAAUACGUCAUAAGACACAAAGGAGCACCUCAAUUGCGAUCAAAUGCGUUAGAUUUAAAUUUCAUUCAAUAUCACAGCUUGGAUUCGAUUUUUGUUAUUUAUGGAGGAUUGUUUCUGGUUUUGUUCCUGCUGUGUCAGUGGUUUAAAAAUAAUUUAUUUAAAGUGUUUCGCAUUAAAAGUGUGCACAAAAGAAAGAUAUAUUAAUUGUUAUA